UAUUACCUAAUUUAGCCCAAAUUUGUGACAAACUUUUUCAAUUAAAAAAACUAACUGAGCCGGUUUGUUUUGUCUAAAGCUGGUUAAAAUUCUUCAGUUUUCCCCCUACGUUUGUCAAAACAGCGAACACUUCUCAGUAAACUGCAAUUGACUUCACUGUAUAAACACUUAGUAAAAGAAGUCACGUACCAUACUUAGUAAACCAAGGACUAAACCAACUUUUAAUCCCAUACAGUACUUUAAACUGCAUGUCUAGUAGCAUGGUCAUGCAUUUGACUCUCGGUUGGAAACUCAAUUUGUUCAGCCAAACCAUGUGAAGAUUCUUCACCAACCAAUUUCGUUCACUCUUCCCAGUUUAAAUCGGUCGGCAAUUUCCUUGUGAACGUCAAAUUUCCCCACUAGAUUUGCGUAAUAACCCCAAAGUCUGUUUUAGACAAGUGGUUGAACCUGAGUUAUUUGGUCAGCCCUAGAAAAAUGUGUUCCUCUACCCUAUUUUUAUUGUGUUCCAGCUCACGUUAGAAAUCUGUAGUUAGAUCAUUUGAAAUGGCAGCUCUAAUGGACAGUUUCCAAUGUCUCCGGGCAAUCGAGGUUCCCAAAGAACAGCUUACGAUCAUUCGGGAACUCGGCGAAGGUCAAUUUGGGAAAGUCUUCCAGGGAUCCAUCCGGUCGCCGAUGACCGGAACGGUAACCAAAGUCGCAAUCAAAAUGCUGACUAAAGUCGAACAUUCUGCUCAAGAUCAUUUCUUCCUGGAGGCAAUGACGAUGCGAAAGUUUUCACACCCCCACAUCAUACGCCUAUUGGGGGUCGUAUCACAAACACAGCCAAUUAGCCUAAUUAUGGAAAUAGCCGAACACGGCGAAUUGAGAUCAUUUUUGCAGCAAAACCAGAUGAAACUUCAGCUGGAUAACCUCUUGCUGUAUUGCUAUCAAAUAGCGAACGCCCUGGAAUAUCUGGCAUCAAAACAAGUCGUGCAUCGAGACAUAGCUGCUCGUAACUGUCUCGUAUUCAAUUUUGAGCUCGUUAAAUUAGCCGACUUUGGGCUUUCAAGGCUGAUGCAAGAUCACAAUUACUACCGAGCGAGAUCCAAAGGGAAGAUGCCGAUCAAGUGGAUGGCUCCCGAGUCCAUUUUCUACCGUCGCUUCACCUCCGCCUCAGACGUGUGGAUGUUCGCAGUCUGCUGCUGGGAGAUAUUCAUGUUCGGGGUCAAACCAUACCAGGGCAUGAAGAACCAGAAAAUAGUGGAGUGCAUUGAAGGCGGACAGAAGUUAGCCAGACCCAACACCUGUCCCAAGAAUGUCUACGCCACCUUAGAACAGUGCUGGGCAAUGAAGGAAUUCGAACGGCCCAAUUUCACCACCCUCAAUCAGAAAUUCAAACUGUUAUACGAACAAUACGCGGGCACUAGUGUUGAUAAACUAAGUGAGAACAGACCGAAUUCCGGGAAAAACUCAGCAAACGACCAACAAAUUGCAGAGAAAGAGUUUGAGUUGUUGCGCGAACGAUUGGAAAUGUCAUUAAAUCAAACUAUAGAUGAUUCCAAUUGGUUAAUGAAACAAGAGAAACAGCUACCUUUUAAAAUAAACAAUAAAAACAUUUACAAAAACGUCAACAUUGGAAACAGUCAAUCAAAAUUGACGCCGGAUAUAAAUUCAAUGCGAAUCGGAAGCGGUGAUUCGUCAACAUUUCUGGUAGCCUCAAGCAGCAGUCGGUCAUCUUCAUUGGAAAAUCCAGAAAAUCUGUCGACAAAUAUCAAAACCGAAUUUGAUUCAAACGCUGCUGAGAUUUGUCAACUCGUCUAUCAAGUUUGUAGUAAUUUAGCAAGGGGCGAUAUCGAUUCAAAAGUCCAAAACCAACCACUGGUUUUUGAAAUCGGGUCAAAGGUCAGAGAGUUGAAUCAAUUUGUGAAAACGAAAUUUGCGAAUGUUUCUUCACAAGAAUCUCAAAUUGUCGCCACGAUGUGUUGCCGAAUUUUGGAAAGUGAUGCUCAAGAAAUAAUACGUGGUUUUCGAUUAGUUCAGCAACGACAUCAGAAUCAGAAUAGAGAAUUGCUUAUCGCUUGUAAUAUCUUGAUCGUAGACUUAAAAAACUCUAUUGAAAAAAUUAGUACAUUACUGAUGCCCACUAAGGGCAGUCGUAUUAUUUCUCAUAGCUCAGUAUAGAGGCAAUUAGUCUAAAAAAUAUU